AUGUCCUCGUCUGCGUCCGAUUCCGAAAGCCCGGUUCACACGACCUCACCAGCUCCAUCGACUCCUGCGCCUAGCCCACCCUCACCGAGCACUUCUGCACAAGAUUCUCCGACGCCAACUACUGAGCAGGCGACCAUGUCUUCGGGCGAGACUACGUCCCCAACUGCGUCUCCUUCGCCUACGACCUCGCCGACAACCUCUCCAACAACCUCGCCGACACCCCCUCCAACAACCACUCCCACGACCACUCCAACGACCUCCCCGACGACCACUCCGACACAACCAACUACGACUACUUCACCGACGGAUACAGCUACGACGUCACCGACGACUUCGCCAACACCGCCAACGACGUCUCCCACUUCCCCAACAACGUCUCCAACUCAGCCGACCACAUCUCCCACACCUCCCCCGACUACACAGUCCACAACCACCACCCAACUUUCACAGCACCAAUUAGCGACAUUUUCGCUUACUGACACGUCUUCGUCCACAGGUCCAAGUGAGCAGCAGACGUCUUCUAGUUCAUCUACCACUGGGAGCCCAGAUGUUCGAACAGCGAGUUCAUCCCCUUCGAGCGGGACCAGUGUGGCUUCAACAUCAGCUACGACGACGUUCCCUUCGACGGUGUUCGUGACGACGACUAACAGCCAGGGUCAUACAGUGACGUCAGCUCCUCCACUCAUCACGGAGACAACAUUGGUCAGUGGCAGCGAUGGGCCCAGUUAUGUGACGAUUGUUGUGGCAAACCCGACGGUGCCUCUUAGUGGGGGCAGUGAAGCCGAUGCCACUACUUCUCAAUUUUUCCGCAACAAGGGUGCAGUGGCUGGAGUCUUUUUGAUCGUGGGAUUAGCCGCAGCAUCGAUCUUGCUAUUCCUGUUCUUCUUCAUACGCCGGCGACGUCGCACUCGGAGACUUGAGCAGGACGCGGCGGUGUCCUCUGCUCUUGAGGCCGCAGGACUGAAUCGUACUCCUCUGGACGGUGAUGACGAUGACGGACCCGUGAUGAGGCAGCGACGGGGUAGCUCUCUCUCCGGCAACCCAUUCCGGGACACGGCCAGCUCGUUGCCUAGCGGAGGCCAUCCUCCCUCAAGCUACGUAGACGAUCCCGCUGCGGGACCAGAACUAAUGCAUGACCGCGAAUUCGAUCCGUACGCUGCCUUCGGCACCAUCCAUCCGCCACCCCCUGCCUCGCUCGGGGUUUCCAGACGAGACGGAUACGCGCCCGCACGCACGAGCAGCCCGCCGCUUCGGGGUUCGGCCCAUGACCGCAGCUAUAGUUCUGUGCGGAGUGCGAGCAUGAGCUCGGCGGGCUUUGGACACAGGGCGCAGGAAAGCUCGAGCAGCAACGAUUUGCUGCUUGCAGCCGGUCUACAAGGCACGGGAGAGCCGCCGACGGCAGGGUUGAAUGCAAGUACUGGGGACGUGUUCAGCCCGCCCCCGAGGAAUCCACAGAGGCUGGCAAAGAAUGGGCAGACGGAUACGGGCGAGUUGUUGAGUGCAAGGGAUUCAGCUGCGUCGUCGAUAUACUCUCUGCCAGAAGAAGGACCAUUUGAAGACACGGCAAGGGCCCCGUUGGAGGUACGGAACCUACCUGACGGCGUUAGCGUGAGCGACAUUUCGAGGGAGCCGUCUCGCCGAGGAUGA